CCAGCCUCUGCUUAAUUGCACUAUCUCGGAUCUGAAGGAAUUCAUUUCCCAAUGAACCCUUCCAUUGUUCUUUUCCUCUCCACUGUCCUUCACCUCCUCCUUCUCCCAACCACCGCUGCGGUGUCACCCUACACUCCCACCUAUUCUGUCCUGCUUGACUGUGGCUCAGUCUCCAACACCACCGAUACCUCCGGACGAAACUGGGAGGGCGAUGCCCACUCCAAAUUCACUCUCUCCAACACCGCCCUUAACUCUUCUUCAACCUCCACCGCCACCUACCAAGAACCCACCGUUCCUACAGUCCCCUACGUAACCGCCCGCAUCUUCCACUCCCCAUUCACCUACACCUUCUUCGUCACCGCCGGUCCCAAAUUCCUCCGCCUCUACUUCUACUCCAACACCUACUCUGGCCUCGACCCUACUCAAUUCUUCUUCUCCAUCACUUCCAAUCACUACACUCUCUUAAGCAACUUCAGUGCCUUUUUAACGGCUAUUUCAAUCGAUCAAGGUACUUCAUUCGUCAAAGAAUUCAUCAUCAACAUCGAAGAUAACCAAACGCUUCUUAACAUAACCUUCUCACCAUCUCCAAACUCUUAUGCUUUCAUUAACGGUAUCGAGCUGGUUUCGAUUCCGGACAAUCUCUACGGACAUGGCAAUAAUCAACCCAUCACACUCGUGGGUGCAGAUUACUUCUAUUAUUUUGAUAACAACACUGUUCUUGAAACCCUUUACCGGUUAAACGUUGGUGGUGAUGAUUUCGGCGAUGACACCGGCGUGUUUCGGACUUGGGAUAAAGAUGACAUGUAUAUAUAUGGUGCUGCUGUAGGGUUUAGACCUCAUAGGUAUGUUCCGAUCCACUACACUUGGAAAACACCGGCUUACACUGCACCCGAGAUUGUUUAUACUUCGGCAAGGACAAUGGGCGACCAAAGUCUUACCUAUAAUUUGACGUGGAUUUUUACUGUUGAUUCUGGGUUUGAUUAUCUUGUAAGACUUCAUUUCUGCGAGUUUAUGGUGGACGUGACUAAACAAAAUCAGAGGGUGUUCACUAUAUAUCUUAACAAUCAAACGGCUGAGGAAAAAGCUGAUGUGAUUUUCUGGAGUGGUGGCAAUAAUAUUCCGGUUUACAGAGACUAUGUCGUACGGGUCCCUGAAGUUGAUGGUCGCCGGAGCAAACAGGGCUUGUGGCUCGAGAUGCACCCUAACAUGGCUGACAAACCUGCCUUCAAUGACGCGAUUCUGAAUGGUUUGGAAUUGUUCAAAUUGAAUCAAUCAGACGGUAGUCUCGCCGGGCCUAAUUCUUAUACAGCCGAUACACUCAACCCCACCCCAAAGUUGUCAGGAUCAACUAGAAGCUGGCUGAAGAUUGUAGUAGCGGGUGUGGCUGGACUUCUAUUAGUCUCUAUUUUGGUGAUACACUACUUUAGAAGAACAUACUUAUGGAGGAAGGAAACAAAGAAUGAUCAAAACGUCGAGGCAUUUUUUAGGAAUUUUGACUCCCAUGUUCCAAAGCGGUAUAGUUAUUCAAAUAUUAAAAGAAUGACCAACUCAUUCACAGACAAAUUAGGCCAAGGGGGAUAUGGUGUCGUGUACAAAGGGAAGCUAUUAGUUGGUGACCAGCUAGUGGCAGUGAAAGUCCUGAGCGAGACCAAGGGUGAUGGUGAGGAAUUUAUCAACGAAGUUGCUACCAUUAGCAGAACUUCCCACGUCAAUGUAGUCACUUUUUUAGGUUUCUGUUAUGAGAGAAACAAAAGAGCUCUAGUUUAUGAGUUCAUGAGCAAUGGAUCUCUCGAUAAGUUCAUCUACAGUGAUGGAUCUCCAAAUUCAAACUAUCAUUUAGAUUACAAAGCAUUGUAUCAAAUUGCAGUUGGUGUUGCUCGAGGACUAGAGUAUUUACACCGAGGUUGUAGUACAAGGAUUGUUCAUUUUGAUAUAAAACCUCAGAACAUUCUUUUGGAUGAUGACUUCUGCCCCAAAAUCGCUGAUUUCGGCCUUGCUAAAUUAGGCCAAAGGAAAAAUAGUAUCAUGUCGAUGGUGGGUGCGAGAGGGACAAUUGGAUACAUUGCUCCAGAAGUAUUUUCAAGGAAUUUUGGUGGGGUCUCUCAUAAAUCUGAUGUCUACAGUUAUGGAAUGAUGGUUCUUGAAAUGGUUGGUGGAAAAGAGGACACUGGAGCUAGAACAGACCAUUCAAGUGAAGUAUAUUUUCCGGACAACAUUUACGAGCAAUUGGAACACAAUGAGGAUCUUAAUGGUGUUACAUCCGAAGAGGAAAAAGAAACAAGAAGAAAAAUGACUAUAGUGAGUUUGUGGUGCAUUCAGACAAAUCCAGAAAAUCGCCCAUCAAUGACUGUUGUUGUAGAAAUGUUGGAAGGAAGCCUUCAAUCCUUGCAAGUUCCACCUAAACCCAUACUAUCUUCUCCUCCUAGGUUGGAACAAAAUUCUUCUGCAAUAUUACAACAAAGUUCUAGUACAGACUGAAAAAAAGGGGUUUUGAAUUGAAUGGAAGUAUAGUAUCAAUCAUAUAUCUUUAUGGUUUUCCUUUUUGCCUUUUGACAAGGCUCUGGAUUUCCUCAUUGUUCCUCGUGAUUUUAUCCUAUGAGAAACAAUAUCUUUUGAACCGACUCGUCUACCACGCUUCAUGCGUGUCUUAGGUGCAUUUGUUGCCUUGCGACGCUCGCCUUGGUCUUGGGUUGGCAAUCAAAGCGUCGAGCUUAUCUUGAACUGUAGCGAAAGUAGGAUUGUUGCAUUGCUUGGCUUAAUUACCACAGCAAUCUUGUAGUACUCAUUAUUAUUCAAGAAUGUCAAGUGAUUUAUUCCUAGUAUAUUUUCUUGAAGAAAAGUUUAUACUCA